AAUUGGGAGGUCUGUUCUAUUUAUUACUAUUAUUAUUGUAUUGCAUAACCUUAUAUUUUAAAAUAGUAGAGUACAUGUGCUGUAUUGCCAGUCCAUUUGACCAACAACCUAUAACGUUAAAUGAUCACACACAACGUUUCGGUAAUGAAUGCAACUCUUCACGUUCUUUGUCAUGGACCAAAACUUCCGUCUUCUAGCACUCGCGCCAUAUACAAGCAAGACGAAUGAGAAGGGCUUACAACCCACUGGCUGACUGCACUAAAACGCCCUCAUCAGGGAUGAGACGGGCUACUCGAGGAGGCGGGGAUGACCUCGGUGCUCCCCGUCAGAAUGGCGUGUCCGGGGGACGAGGCGGCGGCAGGAGAACGGAGCCAGGGGACACAGCCGGUGAUGACGACGAGGUUGUGUGCACGGCAAUGGAGGUGCCAGAGGAGGACAACGACCCAGCACGAAGGAGGGAGAUCAGGAGCAAGUACAGGGACCUCAUCAACUCUGUUCAACAGAACCGAGAGGACAUGUUGAGUCCCAGCAACAACAAACUGACAGACGUGUUGGAAGAGGCCAACAAACUUUUUGCCGAAGUUCGCCAGGCCCGUGAAGCAGCGUUAGAUGCCCAGCUCCUGGUGCUGGCUACAGACCUGGGAAAGGAGAAGGCCAGCCAGUUACAUGCUGAAGGAUCUUCCUUUGACCCCUCAGCCUUUGCUGAGAACCUACUGACAUUCAUGGGUCUGAAUCGGCUAGAAGACGAAGGAGACCAGGUGGAGGGUGGAGCGAGCAGUGGCUACCUGCCCCCGGAUGCAUGGCAGAGGGUGGCUAACCGAGCCCAGUGCUGCUUUAGGACCGCCCCCACGUUUCACUACAUGAUGGGGUCAUUUUUGGCAGAGCUCCCUCCACCUCGUCAGAGAGUUGAGAGACAGAGGAAAGUUCCCAGCAAGGAGGCCCAAAGGAUCAUGCCCACUCAGUUAAAGAAAAUGGAGGAAUCCCACCAGGAAGCUACAGAGAAAGAGGUGGAGAGGAUCCUGGGAUACUUAAGGAGCUACUAUGCUGAUGACCCCACGUUGCCCAUCUCUUACUACGACUUUGUCAUAGACCCCACCUCCUUCUCUCGCACUGUGGAGAACAUCUUUCACACCUCCUUCCUGGUCAGGGAUGGUUUAGCACGUGUUUACCUGGAUAGCGACAAACUCCCUUGUAUCGCUCCUGUAGAAGAGGGGGAGGUGGAGGCUGGAGCAGGAUCCACCAGGCAACAGUGUGUCAUUUCCAUCAACCCCAAGAGCUGGAAGGAGAUAAUUGAGGUCUUUGAAAUCACGGAGUCGCUGAUCCCAGCCCUUUGCCCUACAGAAGAUGCUGGAACAUCUCAUCAAAACCCCCAGCCCACCGAAUUUGUUGAAUAGCCAUGCUCUUAUCAUUUUAAACCAAGAAUUUUAAUGACUGUACAUAUUUGUUUUCUAAUAAAAGUUUCUCUUUAUGGUUUUUGAAAUGUUUGAUAAAAAAAUCAG